AUGAGUUUCGCCAAGGGCGCUACCCCGGAAAACAGCCUCAGUUCGAAGUGGAGAAACGGUGCCGAGAAGGCCACGGAUGUGCCGAAGGAAGCCGCAAAACGCAGCUGCUCAAGGGUAUUGCACGUCUCCGUCACGGAUGAUACACAAAUAGUGACCAUCCCUCGCGACCAAGAAGACCCGUUCGAUGUAUGGGCUGUAUACUCUCAUGUAGUGUACGCGACCAAGAAGGAGCAACGCUUUCUUGAGCGAACUCUGCAAUUGCGCAUCCACGAAAGUAUCUCCCAGUGUUCCAAUCUGUUCGUUAUGAGCAAUGACAAGGAGGGGAAGCAGACCAUCCCCACUGGUAACUCUGGCAGACGCAUGGACGGGUCGUUUGUGUCCAAGCUGCAGGCGCAAGGCUACGGCAAAAGUAUCGCAGCGUGCGCCAUGUGUGUGCUUUCAGUGUGGCCUUCCUUCCCUGUUAAGAACCGACCCCCAAUGCCCACAAAGGUCCAGAGGUCAUUCGAGGCGUUGCAAGCCGGCACACACCUGUACGUUUUCAAUGAAAAGCCGAACUCUCCACUACUCUGCGACACAGCGAUGCGUCUCUUGCACAGUAUCCACGGCGAUGAGGCCAGUGUUACCAUUUUCAACGCCACGGAGCCUUCCCUUAUCGAUGGGUACAUUCCACUCUCGUUUAUCGUAUCCCUCUCUUUUGGAUUGGAGCCAGUUGAGUGUGAGCGGCACCUGAAGAAGACCGGCACGAUCACGUGCAGCAACGGCAACCAGACGAGGGAAGAAACGAGCAAGCGAGCCUUCACGCUCCACUGCUCUGCACCUGAGCUAUUCUAUGUCAGUUUCAUCGCGACGACUCAGGAUGACUUCAACAAGUGGAUUUGUGUCAUCGAUUACUUUGUUCUCCUUAAUUCUUUCUACCGAGCUUACCUGCAGUCGCGCUAG